AGAAAUAACAACAAAACCAUGAAACAUGCUGAAAACACCAGGUUUCACUAAAAUUACAAUUGAGAAUGAUCUAAGAUUAACUUUUAAUCCUGUUUCAAGCGUGUGGGAGAUGUUAAUGAAUAAUAUUUAUAUUGGUCAGAAAUGAUGGUAAUUUUCAAAAAAUUUGAGAAAUAAUAGUGAUAACACAGUUCUUUCAAGCAUCAACAGUAUCGCCAUCUUUUUUCUGUUGUUGGAAGCCAUAUUUGCUUACAUAUUCACCCCGUCACUUUUAGUUUCCCGCUAAUUUUUCUUCAUAUAAACCCGGGAUGGGAAAUGACAAAUUUACAUAUAAACCCCAGUUGAUAUUAGCCCGCUCUACCGGGAAACUCGAUGGGCAAGUUUCCCGGUUCUCAUAUAAAAAGGCCCUAAAAUAGAGAUGUGCGUUCUAGCGCAGUCAACGACGACGACGAAGACAAGGGAAAUUCCCUAAAUCCUGAAUUCCCCGAAUCCGACAAUUCCGGGAAAUUCGAUAAAAUCUAACGCAUGCGCAAUAGCGACUAACGGGAAUAAUGCUGACAUCAACAAAAAAUAGAGAUUGCGCAAGUGAGUAGGGAAAUUCCCUUACUCAAAAUACGACUGCGCUAGAAAUUUUGUUGAUUGAAAUCAAAAAUCUAUAUAAUAAAUAUGAAUACACAUACUGUGAAUCAGUUACAAGCUAUCGCGAAAACCCGUGGGCUUACGGGCUAUUCCAAGCUACGCAAAGCCGACCUUACAGAUUUAUUAGAGGCACACCCAAGACCUGUUCCUGCGCCAGAAUCAAGGUCACAAGCAUUUACACCAGAUGCCUUAGAUAUAUUCGAGCGUCAAGGGAUGGCAAAAGCCCGUCCAAUUAAGAGCAAGAUUGAACCUCGACUCCCCACACCCGAAGCCAUGAAUGUCUUUGAACGGAUGUCUUUGAAGGGAUGACAAAGACACGUCCAGUAGUAAAGAGUAAAUUGCGAGAGUGGUUUGACUGGCUUGUGAACUAUGUACCAGAGGGUAUUAGAAAGUCGGUGCAAGGUAUAUAUGCAUCAGCAAAAAAAUGCAUUCUUGCUCUUUAUGAUGGGGCAAAAAAGACCCUGAUGGGUGAAGUUGAAGAAGAGGCAAAGGAGGAUCAUGCUGAAGAUAAGCAGCAACCGAACCAAGAUUUCACGCCUGAAGAACAUAAGAAUGCUCACCAUAGGACCUUCCGAAGUUUCCGAAUCCCCGGCAUAGACGGUACGGAUGUCGAUGGGUACUUGGGGAUGGUGCGAUCACACGUGAAAACCCUGAUUGAGAAGCAGGUUAAAGACAUGGGGUCUGCUAAGGUGCAGUGUUCCCUCUGGAUUCUAUGGAAGAAACCAGUGGAGGGUACCAGCGAGGAUGAUACCAGCAAGUUUAUCGAAAUCAAUAAGGUCUUCCACAGCAACAUGGCACCGGUCUUUCAGGGUAGCGUCGUGGAAGAGGUGCUAGACACGAUGCUCGCUCAGGUCAAAACGUAUGUGGAGAACCCAGCGCUGCCCAAUAGUGGCUUUACAAUCAAUCGAAUUAUGCAUCUCGACGUGGACUUCCACAAGCUCAAGCUGUCGAGGGGUUCCUCGUAUAUCGAAGCACCCAAGUGGAUAGCCACUAAGAAAGCCAUCAUUAAUCCACAGAACAAGGACGAGGAGUGCUUUAAGUGGAGUAUCAUAGCUGCUCUACAUCAUGAGGAUAUAACCAGCGAUCCAGAGAGAAUCAGCAAGCUUCGACCAUUUGCGGAUGAGUAUAAUUGGCAUGGCAUAGAGUUUCCCAUGAGCAUCAAGGAGAUCUCCAAGUUUGAAAAGAACAACCCAGAUAUCGCGGUGAACGUCUUGUACGUAACAGGGAAGACUUUCAAUAUCCUGUGUCGAUCGACACACAACGAACGCGAGAAACAGGUUAAUCUGCUACUCCUCACGGACAUUAAAAAGAGUCAUUAUAUAGCCAUCGAAAAUCUCUCACGACUCCUGGGCAGCAAAAUAUCAAAGAAUCAUGCAAAGAUGCACUUCUGUAUGAACUGUCUACAAGCCUUUCCAACAAUCGAGUCGCGUGAUAAGCACUAUGAAUACUGCAUGGAUAAUGAAGCGGUCAAGAUUGCGAUGCCAACCGAACAGGAAAAGUGGCUAUACUACAAGGAUGGUCAGCAGCAAUUCAAAGUACCCUUCGCUAUCUAUACGGAUUUCGAAUCCCUGCUCGUUCCCAUCACUGAAGAUAAGAGGGAGACCAAGACGAAAAAGCUGAAUAAGCACGUGCCAUGUGGCUGGUGCACGUAUAGUACCUUCGCCUAUGGUGAUAUAUCAUAUCCCUUGCAGAGAUACCGUGGUAAGGACUGCGUGAAAAUGUUCGUUCAACACCUGGAGGAUGAGGUAAAGCGGCUCUACGCUACCUUCCCACAGCAUGACAUGCUGCCCCUAACGGAGGUGUUACAAAGAGGGCACGAAGCGGCAAAGACAUGUCACAUCUGCAUGAAAUCCUUCGACGACGACCUGAAGAACCGAAAAGUUCGAGACCACUGUCACUACACGGGUCUAUACUGAGGUGCCGCACACAACACCUGCAAUUUCAACUACAAUAUACCCAGCCACGUGCCCGUGAUCUUCCAUAAUUUUUCGGGGUACGACGCCCACUUGUUCAUUCGAGAAUUGGGGGAGAAGUACGAUACCCAGGACAUUGGUUUGAUCGCUGAAAACACUGAAAGGUAUGGUACCCAUUGCAGGCAUGGGGGUGCCCAUUGCAGGCAUGGGGGUACCCAUUGCAGGCAUGGAGGUACCCAUUGCAGGCAUGGGGUACGAUCAUGGUGAAACAUAUAAGAAGAUUGAGAUCAGGUUCAUCGACAGCUGUCGAUUCAUGGCAUCAAGCUUGGAGAAAUUGGCAAGCAAACUCGAUGAUGAACAGUGCAAAAAUCUCCGUUGGUAUUUCGCUGAGGAUGACACCUUUUAACUCAUGCGCAGAAAAGGUGUCUAUCCCUACGAAUACAUGAAUAGCUGGCAACGAUUCAAGGAGACGGAGCUACCUCCCAAAGAGGCCUAACUCGUCAUGGACGUCCUGCUAUUAACUGACAUCUUCCAGAGCUUUCGAAAUGUGUGCUUGGAUCAAUACAAGCUCGAUCCUGCCCAUUUCUACAGCGCACCAGGCCUGGCAUGGAAAGCAGUGUUGAAGUAUACCGAGAUCAAGCUGGAGCUUCUUACGGAUCCUGAGAUGCUCUUGAUGUUUGAAAGAGGUAUCCAUGGAGGUAUAACUCAAGCAGUGCACCGAUAUGCCAAAGCCAAUAACAAGUAUAUGGGGGACCAAUACGAUCCAGAGGUUGAGUCAUCAUAUUUGUAGUAUCUCGAUGCCAACAAUUUGUAUGGCUGGGCCAUGCG